UGUACAAAAAACAAUACGUUUGUUUAUCCAUUGUAACUGCGCUUUUUUGAAACAAUGGAAACUGAACCUCAAGUUUCGGGAACAACAUCUAAGAUAAUUCCUCUUGCCUUACCCAAAGGAUCGGAAAAGUUGUGUGAACUUUGUCAGAGAGGAGCGCGCCUGCAAUGCGCCAAGUGCCAGGUCACCUUUUACUGUGAUGCAGAGCACCAGCAGGCUGACUGGGUGGGGAUCCACGAGAGAAUCUGUCAGUUGCUUAUUCCCAUUCGCACCCCAAGCACCCCAACUCUCCUUAGUCUCCAGCGGGCCGGCAACAUUGAAGUGCAGCUUAAAAAGGCAGAGCUGAUUGAGAUUUGCAGGUUGGUGGCUCAGAGCAAGCUGUGGGAGGGGAAACACCGGGAGGCUCUGCCUGCUGCCCAGUUCUGCCUGCGCUGUUCCAUAGAUGUCCUUGGCUCCAGUACUGUCCAACUGGUACCUGCCUACCUGCUGCUGGCAGAGGCCAACAUGGGUUUGGGGAAUCUAGCCCCGGUGGCGGAGCUCCUUUCCCAGGCAGAGUGGGCAGUGUUGAAGAGCCCAGAAUGUGGUCACGCAGUCCACCACCGGUUGCACAGGAGCCUAGGCCGCCUCCACACGGCGACUGGAAACCUGGAAGCAGCUCUACUUAACUUUGCAAAUGAUAUAUACUUUGCCAGUGAGGAGUAUGGUCCGGAUAGCACCGUCACCUGUGGUGGCUACUUUCUCAUGGCUGAUGUCUUUGCCAAACAGGGGAAGAUGGCCAUUGCUCGUUCCUUAUACUCUAAAGUGGCAAAUACGUGGCACUGUCAUCUGACCAACCUCCUCAAGACCCACGUCGAAAAUGUUCAAAAUCCUGACGUGUUAUUGGAGCCCUCUUAUGACAAAGCGCAACGAGUUGAAGUGGACGAGAUGCUAAGAACCAUGUUGGAGUUUGAGCAGAAAGACUCCAGAGGAGGCUCCGUUCAGAUUGUGCUGGUGGCCCACUGCCUGGCCAUGCUGUGGUUUCUGGGAGGAGACUCCCUGAAGGCACUGGGAUUUGGCAGCACGGCCCUGCAGGCCUGCCAGCUGAUACCGAACCAUGACCUGACAGAGCCCAUCCAAGGCCUGCUGCAGCUGGUGCAGAGUCUGCAGACAGACCCACGUCCUGGUUCUGACUAGUCAGCAUAGCUUCCCUGCCCCUCUUGGAGAUCUGCUCCAUCAGAACAUCUGUUUAGCUCCACACUGAUUCACCCAUGUAGAUGCAGAAACUGCUGAAU